CGAUGAUCUUGGAGGAAAGUGCUUGGUAUAAGCGGUUUGUGAAUGACUUUUGCUUUGGGGAGUAUGAAAAUGAUCUAGCGAAAUGCAAGCCGGUAGCUGUACCAUGGGUCAGGUAUUACGUGAGCUCGUUUACAUUUUCAGAGGAGGAAGGGAGGUCAGAUUCUAUAAAAUGGACGAGUGAGCUUAUUUCGAUAAUGCAAGGCGAAUAUGGUCUGUCAGCCCUUCAAGAACUUGUGCUAGAAGGAGAUGUGGAUACAGCGAGGUACCAGCUGGAGAGUAUAGUAAAACUUUAUGAAGACUCUGAGGAGUCUAGGCCGAUAUAUGAGAUAGAGAAGUCUGUAUUGCACUAUGCGGUAUUGACAGGAAUACCGGAGAUGGUGAGAAUGUUGUUGGAGGAAGGAAGUUAUCGAGGCGCACUGAGUUUAGGCGAUGUGGUUACAGGAUUUACGCCAUGUCAUUUGGCAGUAUUUGUGCAGAAUUCAGAGGUGCUAUGGGAAUUAGUGAGUCAUGGAGGAAGUGUAGAAGAGAGAGAUGGAUAUGGGGCGAGGCCGAUAGACUAUGCACGGAUGUUAGGAAGUGCACCACAUUAUCGGAGGAAUUGGCGUACAGAAAAACGUUUAGCUGUGUGGAUAGGUGAAGAAGAGCAAGGGGAACUAGUAGAAUGGGAAGUAGAGAAACUAGAGAAUUGGGUAAAUCAAGUGAAUAAGGACAUAGAACAAAGCAAAGCAUCUGAAAAUUUGAUAGAUAUGCCACUAACUUUAGUACAAGAUCAAAAAAAUCAAAAAUCAAAGAGUUUUUCAUCAGAUUCUUUUGUUUUUAUCUUUCAUUAUUCGAUAACUCGUUCUUAUAUCACAGAACUUUUGUUUUCUUCUACCCAACCUUCUCAGGCACUGAAAGAUGCAUCUUUCCGUACUCAGUAUUUUCCUUCCCUUUCUGUCUGCUCUGGCGAUCAACAUCUCAUUCUAUGCUAUAUCGAUCGGACCGUUGGCUGGGGAUGCUAUGCUCGACGCGCCUUUGCUCCCGAUGAAUACAUCGCUCAAUUUGCUGGACAAUUCAUUUCUCAAUCUACCCAAAAAAAUCGCCGCUAUUGCCUGUCUUGCUCUAUAGACGGUUCCCUCCUAGAUGCCAGCUAUUAUAGAAAUCUCUCCGCCUUUAUCAAUCAUAGUCCACAGCCAAAUGCACAUAUCCAUACCGUCUUUGAAGUGGGUAUCGACCGCCCUAUCAUCAUCGCACUUCGACCUAUACAAAUAGGUGAACAGAUAUGCGUAGAUUAUGGUUCAUCCUACUUCUCAGAUAAAUCUCACCUCUGUUCCUCCAAUCUGAUGCAAUACCUCCAUCAACCGAAAAUGCCCACUUUCCUUCCAGCUCUUGCUCUAUCCACCAUUUCGAGCCAUUCAUACCAGUCCAAACUCUCCUGCCCUUGUUUUCCACAUGCACCUCCCUCUGCAUCCCCCAUCGAAUACAGCUAGCGUACCACAUAGGCGCAAUAACUCAUUCUGUACGACAUGUAACUGUGGAUAUAUAAGUCGUAAUGCCACGCUCUCGUAAUACAUUCCAAGCUAUAUCAGCUACCGUAUACAUAGUUGUAUUUAUCCUAUCAACCACUCUUUAGAUACACAUUUUUAUAUGAGAAACGCGCUUGUUUUGCCUUUAUGUGUGUGUAUAAUACAAAAUCCUAAAUGAAACGUCUUCCUC